AUGUCUGCCGAUGAGCUUGACUUGGGGCUGAAUGGGCUUUUUGAUGAACCAGAUGACUUUUUACCCCCACCACCAGAACCCCAUUUUGCCACGUAUAAAAGAAAACAAGAUAAAGAUCCAAAAGACAUUACUCUUCGGUUAGUUGGAAAGUCACCACUAUGGGGACAUUUAUUGUGGAACGCUGGUAUUUUCACAGCCGAUUAUUUAGACAGGCAUGCAGAAACAUUGGUUAAGGGCAAAAGAGUUCUUGAAUUAGGAGCUGCAGCUGCUUUGCCAUCCGUUCUUUGUGCGUUGAACGAAGCAGAACUAGUUGUGGCUACAGACUAUCCAGACCCUGAUUUAAUUCAAAAUAUAGAGUAUAACUUUGCAGAGCAUAAAGAAUUGAAUAAUUAUGAAGUCAAAGGUUUGAUUUGGGGCAACAAUGUUCAGGAACUAUUCAUUGAUGAGUUAAGCGAAGAAAACAAAUUUGACUUGAUUAUAUUGUCAGACUUAAUUUUCAAUCACACAGAGCACUUGAAGCUUUUGAAAAAUUGCAGAGAGUUGCUCAAGAAAGAUGGAAAAUGCUUAGUCGUAUUUUCACCGCAUAGACCACUGUUGUUGCAUAAGGAUUUAGAAUUUUUUAAGACAUGUGAACAAUUUGAGUUUAAAGGUGAGCCUAUCGAUUUAGUGGUCUGGAAUCCUAUGUUUGAAGAAGACGACGAGACAAUAGAGAUAAGAUCAAGAGUGUACUCUUUUUUCUUAAUCCCUCAAUGGAAAUGA